AUGGGGCCUCUAGCAUGGACAGUGUUCUUGUGCAUCGUCAGCAGUACUAGAUCGGGUGACGCGAUUUUCGACGAAACUGAUUCUGCUACACCAUGUUCUGCUAGCUUCUCUGGAUAUGCUUUCGAGAUGCUCAUGGCAAAGCUAGACUACAUGCAGCACAGUGUUCUGGAACUACAGACCGAAUUGGCCAAGCAGCGGAAAGAGGCUGCGCAGAGCCAAAAUGACAGCGAGCCGCCUAUGCACCAUUGUUUCUUGGAGCUACAGACCGAAUGGGCCAAGCAGCGGGAAGAAGCUGCGCGAAGCCAAAAUAACAGCGAUAAGAGCCUGAUCGAGAUUAAGAGGGCCGUGCAGAACAAUUUCGAUUCAAUGCGUCGAUUAGAGGAUGAUGUUGGACGCAACUUUAGUCGCCUACAGGACCGAUCAUGGCAGAUCUUGACGCAAAUACUUACGAAUGUCACAACGAAGACCAAUCCUCUUUCAUCUGGACCCUAUCGCUCGUGCAGUGAUAUUUGGAAUGCACAGUCUGGGGUAUAUAUUAUCCAGGCGACCGAUGAAAGCAACCCUUUUAUGGCGUACUGUCACCGGGAUAUGAUGGGUAUAGGCAUCUGGUUGGUGAUACAGCGCCGAUUCGACGGAUCGCUGGACUUUUAUCGCAACUGGACCGAGUAUCGGAAUGGUUUUGGUGACAUUGAGAAUGAGUUCUGGAUCGGACUGGAACGACUACAUCAGCUGACAACGGGGCGACCCCAUGAACUGAUGGUUGAGCUGAGAGACUUUAAGGGGAAUUAUAAAUUUGCACUCUACACAGCAUUCGAGAUCGGCAAUGAAACCGAACAAUACAAUCUGAAAACACUUGGAACGUACCACGGAACUGCAGGCGAUUCUCUGUCAGAACACAAGAAUAUGAAAUUCACGACGUACGAUCGUGAUAAUGACAUACAUAAGCACAAUUGUGCUGAAUUUCAUAAGGGUGCCUGGUGGUACAACAACUGCUAUCACUCCAAUUUGAACGGGCCAUACAAGAAUAUAGUAGAUACUGGAUCGAUGAACUGGCACGCCUUCAGCUAUUCCUAUGAAGGACUGAGCUUUUCAAGAAUGAUGAUCCGACCAAAAUGA